AUGCCUCGCGACGCAACGUCCAGCUCAGCCGCGGGGCCUCGACCUCCGUCCAAGACCCGGGAUGAGGAAGAUCGUCGGCCCACACUAAAAGCGAAGAAAGCAGAGGCGCUCUUACACCAUGGACGCCGCGAAUCCGGGAAGUCCAUCUCUUCCGAGGGUAGCAUUCACGUCAAGUCUGAGGACCCGGAUGUCGAGAUGCCAGACGCAGCCCCAUCCGUCACGGACACCUCCGAGCCCAAGCACUCGCUCCAAAAGGACAAACGAGAGGAGGAGCAGAGGAAGCAGUCAGAGCUUGAGGCACGAUCGCGUGAGACGAAACGGAAGGAGGAAGAAAAACGGCGCAGAGACGGGAUGCUCGCUGCGGUUCAAGCUCGGAAACGCGAGGAAGAGGAUCAUCGACGGAAGGAGGAGGAAGAUCGAGAGCGGGAACGGAAACGGAAGGAAGAAGAGGAGCAACGUCGGCUUGAAGAAGAGGAACGCAAACAGCGCGAGGAAGAGCAACGGGUACAUCGGGAACAAAAGCGGAAGCUGGAGGAGGCGGAGCGGAGGAGGAGAGAGGAGGAGGAGAGGAAGCAAAAAGAGGAAGAGGAACGCAAGAAGCGGGAAGAGGAAGAACGCUUGCGCCGGGAGCAGCUAGAGCGUGAAGAAGCGGAGAAGAAGGAACAAGAACGUAAGGAGGCAGAGCGCAGACGAGCAGCGAGAGAAGCCGAGCGUGCUGCCAAGGAAGCCGACGAACGACGCCUUCACCUCGAGCAGGAACGGGCCCGUCUGGCCAAGCUGCCGCCCGUCUUGCGCUGGCUUGAUAGCACCGCAGAUUUCUUAUACAUCAUUCCUACGAUCCAGCAUCUUCGCAACGUAAAGCUUACCUUGACAUACUGUGAGCUUCCGGAGAAUGAACAGCAGUCCAUAAUCUGGACGCCUCGCCAGAAGUGGAAGCACGAUCCCGAUACCGACGGCCCCCGCGGGUUUGCGCCGAGCAACAAACAUUACGUCAAUGGCGAACUCGUCUCCGAAGGUAGAUCGAACCUAAGGGAGGCUAGCACAUCGCCUUUCCCGAGACAGCGGAUUGCCCGCCGCGGCCUUGUCGCAGUUCUCCGCGAGAAUCUGGCCUUCACCAGGGUCACGGAAGAGCAACGCAGCUACGACGAGCCGAUGGUUGAUGUCGAAUCGUCAGUGCUGCCUAACGGGGUGCACACAUCUCCCACGGCCGCUCGCGUGCAAGAACACAACAACGGGAUCACCCGUACACAGUGA